UUUCACACUGAAUUCAUCCUGUUUCUUGGCAUUUUCACAGCUGGCUGAAAAAUAUGGCCCCAUCUAUACUCUUCAUAUUGGAACCCGGCGUGUUGUGGUGCUACAUGGAUAUAACAUUAUGAAGGAAGCUCUAAUUGAUCAUGGAGAUAAUUUUAUGGAUAGAGGAAUCUUACCAAUGUUUGGAGAUGUAGCCAAAGGACAUGGACUUAUUUUCAGUAGUGGAGAGAGGUGGAAACAACACCGCAGAUUUACCCUGACGACCCUAAGGAACUUUGGGAUGGGGAAGAGAAGCGUUGAAGAGCGAGUUCAAGAAGAAGCCCAAUGCCUGGUGGAGGAGCUCAGGAAAACAAAGGGUCAGCCCACUGAUCCCACCUUCAUCCUUAGCUGUGCACCAUGCAAUGUGAUCUGCUCUAUCCUCUUCCGUGACCGAUUCAAGUACAAUGAUGAGAAAUUUCUCCAUCUGAUGAACUUGUUAAAUGAAAACUUCCGCCUCGUUAACGAACCAUGGAUACAGCUCUACAACUUUUUACCAGCAUUCGGAACAUACCUCCCUGGAGAGCACAAAAGAAUUUUAAAAAUUAAUGAGGAACUUAAAGAUUUCAUUUUGGAAAGAGUGAAAGAGCAUCAGAAGGUCCUGGACCCCAACAACCCUCAGGACUACAUUGACUGCUACCUCUCCAAAAUGCAGCAGGAGAAAGAUAAUCCCAGUCUGAAUUUGACUUGGAAAAUCUAAAAAUGGCAGGAAGAGAUUUAUUUAUUGCAGGAACAGUGACAACGCACAGCACCGUAAGAUAUGGCCUACUGCUCAUUCUGAAACAUCCUGAGGUCCAAG